GAGUCGAUUUUAACUUAGUGAAGAAGAAACUUGAAACCAGUAGUGGAAACUCUCCUGACUCAAAGGAGGAGGAUUUGGAUUUGGCUGAAGAUCAUUUUAGCUCUGCUUUACUCAUGGCAAGGACUCUUAUGUAUAUAUCACUUGGCAGAAUGAUGCAUAAGUGCCAAAGUGUAGAAACAGAGUGGUAUUUAAAUGAGCAGAAGGAAUAUAUUUGCAACAGCAGAAAAGUAUUGAAAUCUAGUAUUAAUAGCUUUUCCAUGAACUGCAACAACUGUACACAUUACUUUCUGACUAUUGCAGGUGCCUUCGCAUGCAAGAUGGUACCGUUUGUUCAAUCCACUGCUAUUGUAACUGAGAUUCUUACAAUGACCUGCAUUGCUGUGGAAAGACACCAGGGAAUUGUGCAUCCACUAAAAAUGAAAUGGCAGUACACCAAUAAAAGGGCUUUCACGAUGCUUGGCGUAGUCUGGUUGCUGGCACUUACUGUUGGGUCACCUAUGUGGUACGUGCAACGGCUUGAGGUUAAAUAUGACUUUCUGUAUGAAAAAGUGUAUGUUUGUUGCUUGGAAGAAUGGGCCAGUCCAAUUUAUCAGAAGAUAUAUACGACCUUUAUUCUUGUCAUACUCUUCCUUCUUCCACUGAUGUUGAUGCUUUUUUUGUAUACUAAAAUUGGCUAUGAACUCUGGAUUAAGAAACGAGUGGGAGAUGCAUCAGUUCUUCAAACCAUUCAUGGGAGUGAAAUGUCUAAAAUAUCAAGGAAGAAGAAGCGAGCAAUUGUUAUGAUGGUGACAGUGGUGUUUCUCUUUGCAGUCUGUUGGGCCCCUUUCCAUGUGAUUCACAUGAUGAUAGAAUACAGUAAUUUUGAAAAGGACUAUGAUGAUGUGACAGUCAAAAUGAUCUUUGCAAUCGUCCAGAUUAUAGGAUUCUUCAAUUCUAUUUGCAACCCUAUUGUGUAUGCUUUCAUGAAUGAAAACUUCAAGAAAAAUUUCUUGUCGGCCAUCUGCUUCUGCGUUGUCAAAGACAAUGCGUCACCAACCAGGCAACGUGGGAACUCAGGGAUUACUAUGAGGCGGCAAAAGGCAAGUGUUUCUCAGAGAGAUCCCGUUGACUCGGACGAAGCCAGGAGGGAGGCAUUCAGCGAUGGCAACAUUGAAGUCAAGUUCUGCGAUCAGCCAGCUUCAAAAAGGAAUUUGAAAAGGCACUUAGCCUUAUUCAGCUCUGAGCUGACUGUGCAUUCUGCAUUAGGAAAUGGACAGUAGCAUCACACAGGGUUUGAGAAUGGAAAAAGCAUUGUCUUUAUACAAUAACUUCAAACAAGCCAUUUAAAAUAAUUUUCUACUUUACGUGCUGAACUGAGGGGGAAAAUACUUUGUGGAUUAUUAUAAUGUUGGAACAGUGGUUGAGAAAAUGUAAUAUAUUUUAUAAGGAUGAGGAGUAAAACUUUGGAAAA